CGGGUCUAUCAAUCAGUCAUUCAAUCAUUUGUGUUGGAGUAGACACACCUUGAAAUGGCUGUGGCGUUUGUGAGAGUGUGGCUUUGUGGUUUCCCCCGGAGGCUGAACGUGACACAAAGUCAACACCUCUGAACUCAGGAUAUUAUGCAAAUCACUUAGUAGGUCUGCCCGGCAAUUGGAGAGCAGUCAACUGGAAACGGGAGAGGGGAGCUUUAAUCUUUAAUUUAACCUGUUUCAUUUGGGUUUACUGCACAUGUUCGAGCAUCAUGAAUUGUUUUUAACAUCCAAAACAUUCAACUGUGGAAUUCAGUUGCGCAUGUGGCCACUUGUUGACCUGCUUGAUCACACAUCUGUGCUGAAAUAUCGCUCCUGUUUUCAUUGUUUCGCUGGAUAAUAUUCCUUUUGUAAAUCAUUCGAACUAAAACCCCCUUUUUGAAGAGUCAGCUCCGAGGGUGAGACUGUACUUUUUAAAGGUUAUCCUCUCCAGCUAAACUCUCCAGGCCGAUCUGGCUGUGCAGCGCAGACACACUGCAUUCUUGUCUCUGAUUGGACGCAACUGAAGCGGAGAAGAAUUUGCAUAUAACAGGCUGAAACACACGCAAGCCUCUGCACCCACAGGAGAGAAAAGAAUCCCUCAGAGAACAGGUAGGUUAUUGUUACCUUUUCUUCACAGUGUGAGUCCCCCUCUGUCUGGACUGCAGGCCUCUGCCAAAGUCUCCCGGUUAAGAUGGAGCAAUCUGAAAAAGCACCAGAAGUGAAGUCCACCACAAAUAAAUCAGGAAAUUCCCCUCGACCCUUAAGCCCGGCAGUCAAAGUGAACCAGAUAUUUCAUGCAAAUCCACACCAUGAUGCAUUCACACCGCGCUGUUGCAUGGAUGCAGAUUAUUUCUGCCACAAAAGCCCGUGCAAAGUCACACAAGUCAACACAGAGUUCGGUCAGCUGCUGCAGCUCAGAGAGCCACAAUGUGGAGGAGCGACUCCUGCCUGGAUGAACCCCCAUCAUCACCUUCCUGCCUGCCUUUGUCCAGCAGGAACCAGGCAGCCCGACACCAGAGCAGAGAGCUGGUACUGGAACUGUGGAUCAGGCCAGUGUGGAAGAGCAAGGUCAGAAAACAGAGGAACAACUAGGGGUGAGGAUGAAAACAAUUCUUGGGUUCAUCUUGAGAAAGACGAGGAGGAUCUUGAGCGUCCAUUGCCGUUAAGAUCUGAUGAUGAGUUGCGGCACUACAAUCCUUUUAUACCUCCUCAUCAGUACAUGCACAACUUUGACGUUCAUCAUACUAUGGAUGCCAGGUAUUAUCACUCUGCAGGAGAAGGGCAGUACAACUUCAGUCCGGUCAAUAGAUACCCACCUAAUCCUCCCUGUCACUACUCUGCACCCUGCCAGGACAGAAGACCCUGGGAGAACCCCCAUAACAGGUGUGCCAGGCUCCAACAUCAAGACAGCUUCAUGAAUGACACCCUGGCUCAGGGAAGCGUGUCGGUGAACGUGCCCCAGUUCUACGCCCCCCCUGUGGAGGGCAUGUCCCAGGUCAGCGUGAUGAACCUGACCUCGGCGGGAGCAGAGGCGCCCGCCUCACAUCCCCACGAGAAGAGAAGAACCAUCAGUGUGCCAGAUGUGUGCAGAAAUGUUUUUAUAACUUAUUCCUCCGACGUUUCUUCAGAGAUAGUCCCCUUCGUGGACUUCCUCACAAAGCAAGGAUUUCGAACAGCUAUUGACAUAUUUGACAACCCCAUCAGACGCAUGGAUAUCAACAAGUGGGAGGACAGUCACCUGAAAGAUCCUUCAACCCUGAUUAUUAUCGCCAUCAGUGAAAAGUACAAGGCAGACAUCGAAGGCUCCACAAUGGACAGACACGGUCUGCACACUAGAUACAUUCACACCAUGAUGCAGAAUGAAUUCAUCCAGCAAGGCAGCUUGAAUUUCAGAUUCAUACCAGUUCUCUUCCUCAAUGCAUCCCAGAAGCACGUCCCAUGCUGGCUCCAGAACACACGUGUUUACCGUUGGCCGCGGGACACUGAGGAUUUACUGCUGCGGCUCCUGAGGGAGGAGCGAUAUGUUCCCCCUCCUGUGCCGAUGGAGCUCACCCUCAUCAUCAGGCCCGUGACCCCCAGCUCUGCAGCCACACUGUGAAGCCGCAGCUGUUUUGUGCAUGCGUGUUUGUUUUUUGACGACUGUAGUAUUGUGCAUGUUUUACGCCGCGAUGUAGCAAAUGUACAGAUGUUUUUCAGUUGCUUGAAUAAACCUUUUUUUCUUUGUGUGACUGUACACAACAUGUUCAAGCUGGUGGAGUGACUCUGGGGAUAGCAGUAUC